AUGGAAGGCGCCCUCGAUUUCACCUCUCCUUCAUCCCUCUUGCUGUCGACAAUCAAUCGCGAGUCCCGUCGCGCCAUCGCCCAUCAUGUGUACGUUCUUCCCAUAUUCCCGGACUCCCUUUCGCUCGUGUCCGGCGAGAAGACGAACUUCCAGUACAUCUUGCGUCUGCUCAACACCAAUGUUGACGGCAAGCAGAAGAUCAUGUACGCCUUGACCCAGAUCAAGGGUGUCGGCCGCCGUUACUCCAACUUGGUUUGCAAGAAGGCCGAUGUUGACCUGAGCAAGCGCGCUGGUGAGCUCACCACCGAAGAACUCGAGCGUAUCGUCACCAUCCUCCAGAACCCCACCCAGUACAAGAUCCCCAGCUGGUUCCUCAACAGACAGCGCGACAUCGUCGAUGGCAAGGACUCCCAGGUUCUGUCCAACGGUCUGGACAGCAAGCUCCGUGAGGAUCUUGAGCGCCUGAAGAAGAUCCGCUCCCACCGUGGUCUGCGUCACUACUGGGGUCUCCGUGUCCGUGGUCAGCACACCAAGACUACCGGCCGCCGUGGACGCACCGUCGGUGUCAGCAAGAAGAAGGGCUAA